UUGCGUGACACCCCCCUCCACCUCCCGCCUCCUCCCGCCGCGUGGUUGCCGUGGCAACGGAAGAGAGCCGGCGACCUGGGUUCCGGAAGCCCGAGUGCUAGAGCUUGGAAGCUUACCCUGGUCCAAGGAUGCUGAGUCCCGAGCGCCUAGCCCUACCGGACUACGAGUAUUUGGCCCAGCGACAUGUCCUCACGUAUAUGGAGGAUGCAGUGUGCCAGCUGUUAGAAAAUAAGGAAGAUAUUAGCCAGUACGGCGUUGCCAGGUUCUUCACUGAAUAUUUUAACAGUGUAUGUCAGGGAACUCACAUUCUCUUUCGGGAAUUCAGCUUCAUCCAGGCCACCCCGCACAAUAGGGCAUCAUUCUUACGGGCCUUCUGGAAAUGCUUCCGAACUGUGGGCAAAAAUGGCGAUUUGCUGACCAUGAGAGAGUAUCACUGUUUGCUGCAACUGCUGUGCCCGGAUUUCCCCCUGGAGCUCACUCAGAAAGCGGCCAGGAUUGUGCUCAUGGAUGACGCCAUGGACUGCCUGAUGUCUUUUUCAGAUUUCCUUUUUGCCUUCCAGAUCCAGUUUUACUACUCAGAAUUCCUGGAGAGCGUGGCCGCCAUCUAUCAGGACCUGCUGGCGGGCAAGAACCCCAAUACGGUGAUUGUGCCGACGUCAUCCAGCGGGCAGCACCGUCAGCGGCCCCCUUUGGGUGAGGCGAGCCUGCUGGAGGGAGUGGAGGCCUCGCUGUUCUCCCAGUGCCUGGAGAACUUGUGCGACCGGCACAAGUACAGCUGUCCACCCCCAGCGCUUGUCAAAGAGGUACUAAGCAACGUUCAGAGGCUGACCUUCUACGGAUUCCUUGUGGCUCUUUCAAAGCAUCAUGGAAUCAAUCAAGCCCUAGGAGCUUUGCCUGACAAAGGGGACCUGAUGCACGACCCAGCCAUGGAUGAGGAGCUGGAACGGCUGGUGGUGAGGUCGAGGCUGCACUGGACCUCGCGGCAGCACAGGGCCGAGGAGCCAGGGGCCUUUGGUUUUCAGAGAAGAGACAAGCUGGAGGCCCCGGAGAGCAUGCCCUCAGCUUCUGCACCAUCGCCCUACCCAUGUUGGUGGGAGCCCAGAGAGUGAGCCAGGGGCCUGCACUGGGUAGGGAGGCGGGAUUCAGAAAGGACACGACUUCACUCAGACCAAGAGCAGCCCAGGGCCCUGCCAAGGCUUUAUUCGACACCACUCUGUUUCAAUACAAACAGUCCAGAAAGAAAGUCAAGUCCCUUUGGGGGAGGGGGCAAGGGAAGAAUGGUCUGUGUGGCUUAGGAGCCCAUCCCCCGUCCCCCAGCAGGCAGGGUGGGCCCAAACAGGCAGCACAGCAGGGGGAGAGGGCACGAGGGAUGACACAGUGCACAGCCAGGGGACAAGGCCUGCAAUUCUGUCGGUGCCUCAAGCUCUCACUGGGGGGGUGCUGUCCAGGCCCCCCUUAAGACCAGGAUGAUAAAGAAGAAAGCUGAGCCCCAAAAGCCUGUUUCUGUCCUUCAUGUCCUCUGCUUCCUUGGCCAGCAUUACGCUCACAGCAUCCAGAGCAGGGCACAGGGCAGAUGAGACCCAGCAUGGCCACCAAGCAGGGGAAGAAGGGACAGAGGGGCCUGUGCUCCACAACGGGUGGUAUGGAAGGACUCCAAGACACUCAAGAAAAGCAUCCCUCAAGUGAUCACUGUAAAAAGGGGUGGUGAGACAGAAGAUGACCACUCGGGCCUCCAGUCUGAUCCCAAGUGAGACCUUUAGGUACUGGGUAAAGUUUCUAGCCCUUAAUAAGGCCCAGACAAAGGUCCUUCCCCUCCCCUGCCAUCUCCUGGCAGCAGAAGAGGCCACUGGAGCAGCAAGAGCAGCAAGUCCAGAGCCUCCCUCCCCUGGGGGCUGGUCCACAGCAGAACUCUUUCUAGACCUGCCCAUGGGUUCCAGAGGAGGGGGGGGCCAAACCCCAGACAACCUGGAAGGAUCCUAGAGCUGGCAAAAAAGCCUUAUACGUCUCACUUUCCCUACUUGGGGAAGGAAUGGACCCAGCAGAAGCUCGCCUGAGGGAACUCCUCCCCUCCCUCCCAGUGUGGCCAGACGAGGGAGCAGCAGCUUGGUUGGGGGGGGGGGGGCAGGAUCAAAGGACAGUGUCUAGCACAUGGGCCAGGGGGUGUGAGGGGAGGAGAAUACAGGGCUCAGUCUACAGGCAGAGGUCAAGGCUGGAACUGCCCAUCCCCCCUCACCCGAGAUACUCAAAAGCCACCCAACUCACACACAACACAUAAAGUAACAAUUCCUCCCCAGCUUCCACAAGGCAAGCACCCCUGGCCUUGGAAUCAUGGGGGUUUUGCU